ACUAUUUCAGGGUCAAGGAGGUGGCAUUGAAGCAUUCGCAUAAAAAUCUCCCGUCGCAUCGCUCAUACAGGCAGUGCUGAUUUGAAGAGCUGGCGAACACUUGGUUGAAUGUAGCUGACAAUGUCUGAACCACUCGUCCUGCCAUGGCUUCUCUGUUCAUGCCUGUUCUCUGUAGUAGCUCUAGCAGCGCUGUAUCUCAAAAGGAAGAUGAAUGGAUUUGUGCCAGGCGACAGAUCUCCUCCAAGCCUGCCCUCACUGCCCAUCAUCGGGAGUCUCCUCAGCCUUGUGACUGACAGUCCUCCACACAUCUUCUUUCAGCAGCUGCAGAAGAAGUACGGAGAUCUCUAUUCCCUCAUGAUGGGCUCCCACAAAAUCCUGAUUGUGAACAACCACCAUCACGCCAAAGAGGUCCUGAUCAAAAAAGGAAAAAUAUUUGCAGGGAGGCCACGAACUGUUACAACAGACUUGUUAACACGAGAUGGGAAAGAUAUAGCGUUUGCUGACUACAGUUCCACAUGGAAGUUCCACAGAAAAAUGGUGCAUGGAGCUCUUUGCAUGUUUGGUGAAGGUUCAGUUUCUAUUGAGAAGAUAAUUUGCAGGGAGGCGAGCUCUAUGUGUGACGUGUUGACUGAAUUACAGAACAGCGCUGUGGAUAUGGCACCGGAGCUGACGCGUGCUGUCACAAACGUGGUGUGUGCCUUGUGUUUCAAGUCCUCAUACAAACGUGGAGAUGCUGAGUUUGAGUCCAUGCUCCAGUACAGCCAGGGAAUCGUGGACACAGUCGCUAAGGACAGCUUGGUGGAUAUUUUCCCAUGGCUGCAGAUAUUCCCAAAUAAAGACCUCAAAAUCCUAAGGCAGUGUGUUUCAAUCAGAGACAAACUGCUUCAAAAGAAAUACGAGGAACACAAGGUGGAUUACAGCGAUAACGUCCAGCGGGACCUCUUGGAUGCACUUCUGAGGGCCAAACGCAGCUCAGAGAAUAACAACACCAGCACUCAUGAUGUUGGUUUAACUGAAGACCACGUUCUCAUGACUGUGGGGGACAUCUUCGGAGCAGGGGUGGAAACCACUACCACUGUACUCAAAUGGUCAAUAGCUUACCUUGUCCAUAAUCCACAGGUGCAGAGAAAGAUUCACGAGGAGCUGGACAAUAAGAUUGGAAAAGACAGACACCCUCAACUCAGUGACAGGGGGAAUUUGCCUUAUCUAGAGGCCACUAUAAGAGAAGUCCUGAGGAUCCGACCCGUCUCCCCACUUCUCAUCCCUCACGUGGCCCUCCAAGACUCCAGUGUGGGAGAAUACGCUGUUCAGAAAGGAACGCGAGUCAUUAUUAACCUGUGGUCUUUACACCAUGAUGAGAAGGAAUGGAAGAAUCCUGAGUUGUUUGACCCAAGACGGUUUUUGAACGAGGAAGGUGAUGGUUUGUGCUGUCCAUCGGCCAGCUAUCUGCCGUUUGGCGCAGGGGUGCGAGUUUGUCUCGGCGAGGCCCUGGCGAAGAUGGAACUCUUCCUCUUCCUGUCAUGGAUUCUGCAAAGGUUCACGCUGGAGAUGCCCACUGGCCAGCCUCUGCCUGACCUCCAGGGCAAGUUUGGUGUGGUUCUUCAACCCAAGAAGUUUAAAGUCAUUGCUAAACUAAGAGCAGACUGGGAAAAAAAUCCCACUAAUACAACACUGCUGAGUAAUUAGGGGUUGCCAGGUUUUCACAACAAAACCCGCUCAGUUGCUACUCAAAACUAGCCGAAUCACAACGGGUCCCCCGGUAAAACUUGCAUUUCGGGGGGUAAAAUACACAUUUUUUGGCAGGGUUCCUCUGGUAAAAUUUGGAUUCCAGGGGCUAAAUAUCACAUUAUCGGGGUUGCCUCAACUCACGGACAUCCAAAACAAUCUGCGGGAACAGUGUUAAAGUAGCCCAAUUCUUCGGCAGCACUGCCUUUUGUUCUCUGAGGUGUUUUUAUUAUUAUUAUUUUUUUUUUUUUAUGAAGGCUGCUAUCAAAU